AGCCAGGCUGGGGGAAGAGGCGUGGCGGCGCUGUGCGCGUGCACAAAAAGGAACUGAGGGGCGGGGGCGUUAGGGCACAGCUGGCUUGAGCAGCUGAACUGGAAACAAGAUGCAGGACCCCAACGCAGACACUGAGUGGAAUGACAUCUUACGCAAAAAGGGUAUCUUACCCCCCAAGGAAAGUCUGAAAGAAUUGGAAGAGGAGGCAGAAGAGGAGCAGCGCAUCCUCCAGCAGUCAGUGGUGAAAACAUAUGAAGAUAUGACUUUGGAAGAGCUGGAGGAUCAUGAAGACGAGUUUAAUGAGGAGGAUGAACGUGCUAUUGAAAUGUACAGACGGCAGAGACUGGCUGAGUGGAAAGCAACUAAACUGAAGAAUAAAUUUGGAGAAGUUUUGGAGAUCUCAGGGAAGGAUUAUGUUCAAGAAGUUACCAAAGCUGGCGAGGGCUUGUGGGUCAUCUUGCACCUUUACAAACAAGGAAUUCCCCUCUGUGCCCUGAUAAAUCAGCACCUCAGUGGACUUGCCAGGAAGUUUCCUGAUGUCAAAUUUAUCAAAGCCAUUUCAACAACCUGCAUACCCAAUUAUCCUGAUAGGAAUCUGCCCACGAUAUUUGUUUACCUGGAAGGAGAUAUCAAGGCUCAGUUUAUUGGUCCUCUGGUGUUUGGCGGCAUGAACCUGACAAGAGAUGAGUUGGAAUGGAAACUGUCUGAAUCUGGAGCAAUUAUGACGGACCUGGAGGAAAACCCUAAGAAGCCGAUUGAAGACGUGUUGCUGUCGUCAGUGCGGCGCUCUGUCCUCAUGAGGAGGCACAGCGAUUCCGAGGGUGACUGAGGCUACAGCUGCUGUCACAUGCCGAACUUCCUUGUGACAAAUUGGCUGGAUUUUUUAAAAAAGGAAAAAGCAAGAACGAAUCCUUGUGGUUUUUAGUUUUGUAUAAAUUAUGUUUCAAAUCUUUACAUUUUGGAAAUAAUCAUUGCUGGAGAUUCUGUUAAAUAUUUUGGAACUCUUUUUUUUAAAUUAUAGUAUUUCCUCUAAAAAAAUUAAAACCAGCCAUUUGUAUGGCAAAUGUC